AUGGCAAUUAUGUUAAAUAUUCAGAAACAGGAGGUUAUAAUCUCUGUUCUUGUGGAUUUGAGAAAUCUAAUAGUCAUGUCUCACAAUAUUAAAUCUGCUAAAUUAGAGAAUGACAAAUUAAUAAUUGAAUACAACAAUAAUCAGCAAACAGAAACCAAGGAUAUAAAUGAUGCUGAAUUACAACAAAUUAAAUCCUUUUCUCAAAAAAUAGGCAAGAAUGAACUAUCUAUUAGUGAUUUAGAAAAUACGAAUACUGGCUCUCCUAGCAAAAAUAAAGGCAAUAAUUGUUGGUCUUGGAUAUUAGGAAUUGGGGGAGUGUUAGGAGUGAUAAUUAUUGGCUGA